GAUUUCUGAAAAAUGAAAUAUCACAAAAAGAAAGGCCAAAACAAUAAGAAAAAGGCCCGCAAAGGCAACCAACCAAAGCAGGAGAGUGUAAUUAAUGGAGCGACCGAUCCAAAAAUUAGCCAUGACAAGCCUGGCUCUGGCACUUCGUUGGAGCUGCAACAAGUACUCCAUGAUAUAAAUGACGCCAUAGUUACAUUGGAUGAAGCUGCGCCAUACGAACUGGAAGAAUCGAGCAGCAAUAGCGUCAUUUUGCGAACAUUCAAGCUGCCCCCGCAACCGAUUGAAUGGUUCGACGAAGGCAAAGACUUCUACGAGGGCAACUCCAUUGUGAUACAUCCAUCUGGCGAGGUCAUUUACUUUGCAGCCAUUGAGGAGGAUGUGAUUUUUCUGGAAUAUGAGCAGACGUUCCAUGCCACCCAGCGCAUCGUUGUCGCUGCGCCCAGCUAUCAUAGAUACGAGAUAUUCCUGCUGCUGUAUCCCAUGAUGGCCAUGGCGUACAUGCAAAUGAUUUUGGCAGACCAACUGGAGCGGGCCACGGCCUUCCUGGAGCGGGCAGCCACGCACCUGGACGGCUCGUACACGCGGCGCAUCGCAAAGCUCAGGCGGAUUCGCAGGCCCGAGGAGCUGCCAGAGAGGGCAUUGGAGCUGCUCGCCAGCGCAGACACCGUGGAGGUCGCCAUGGCCUUUCCGACCUACUAUCUGUACAUCAAUUGCGUGGCCGAUUGGACGCUGGGCCAGCAGAAGAAGCUGCUAAGCCACUUUGCCAUCCGCAGCUACGACGAUGUUGACUCGCACCAGGAUUGGAUGCUGCCGGGGCAGCCACAGCCGGAGCCGAUUGUCCACAGUUCGGUGGUGUUGCCGCCCUACUGGCCACUGGAUCGUAGCCAACAGCCGACGAUCUUCAUGUUCGCACCCGAUGACCCCGCUGCGAUAAUUCGCUGUUCGACCAUAUCGGACGACCUGUCAAUGGUGGCGCUGGGCACAAACAGGCACUAUGUCCUGGUGACCAUGAACGUGGACAAGAUCAGGCUGGAGUCUGUCAGCCGCAAGCGGGAGGCCACACUCCACGGACACAAGGGGCCAGUCUUGUCGGUGGCCUUUGCCCCCUACGAUCGCUUUCUGCUCAGCUGCUCGCAGGACCGCACAAUGCGGCUGUGGUGCGUCAUCUCCUGGAACUGUGUGUCCGUCUAUCCAAGCCAGCAGUGCAACUAUGUGACGUUCGCACCACGGGGCUUCGUCUUUGCCACCGCCUCGGAGGAUGGCGUGGCCCGUGUCUGGGGUCACAACACCAAGCAGCCCCUGCUGCAGCUCGCCGGCCAUCUGGCAGACAUGGCGGUGUGCCAGUUCCAUGCCAACAGGCAGUACCUGGCCACUGGAUCGGCCGACUGCACCGUCCGAAUGUGGGACAUACACAGGGGCGUCCAGGUGCGUCUCUUCCGCGGCCACAGGGAGAACAUCACCGCUCUGGCGUACUCAAAGUGCGGCCGUUACCUGAUCUCUGGCGCCCACGAUGCCCGCGUAAUUGUCUGGGACACCGUCAGCGGACGGAUGAUCCACACCCUCGAAUAUCACACGGACGUCAUUCAUGUGAUUGCCGUUGACAUGGAGAACAAUACGCUGGCAGUGGGUGGCGCCACUGCGUUGAGCUUCUGGGACUUUCAGCUUCUCGUCAAUCAAUCCAGCUCCGACGGUGCCGACGCUGCCGACGAUGCCGACAUUGAUGCGGAGUCAUCGCCCAAGCUGAGCGCCAAGGAGCUGCUCUACUCUUCGUAUGCCAAUUUGGAGGCACCGCUAAGCUGCAUUCGCUUUGUUAGCCGCAAUUUAAUGAUGGCCGUCUCCACGGAGCCGCUGGCGGUGGCCGGCACGACGAUAAAAGAUGAAGUUAUCGUAACCGAGGAAUGGGCGGAGGGGGAAUGACACGCAACCCACUCAAAAUAUAAGCUAGUUCGCAUUCCCUUUUUUAUUUGUAACAAACAAAAUUUUAACCAAAACCAAAAUUUAAGCCAUUUUUUGU